AUGGGCGACAGUGACAGCACCAAAAUCUGGGUCCCGAUCACGGUUGUCGGCUGCAUCCUCCUCUUCCUUCUCGUCAUCUGCUGCCCACCCUGUUCUGGCGACGACUAUAUCGAACGACAGCCCAGAGGAAGAGUACCAUCGCGCCACUUGCCGACAGGAUUGCCUUGGGAAGAGAUCACCACGUUCAGUGAUCAGCGGGAUGGAGGGUGGGAGAAGCCUGCGAGAAAGGGUCGUUCGGUUAUGCCAGACAUCUUGAGUGGUGUCGACAAGGAUGUAAUAACAGAGGUCAAGGUGGGCGUGAGAGUUGCAGCCAGAGGCAGAGGAUAUGGGGUUCUUGGAUCUGGUAACGAUGGUGUUGUGCCCGCUUGGUGGCAAUGGGCGAAGGUGCGCGGUUUGUGGAAAUGCCUCGUGAGCCACGGCACAUACCAAAAGACGGUGAUCACCAACCCUGUGAGAACGUCCCGUCAGUAA